CAGGACACUCAUUCGCGCGGAGACGUCGUUUCGCUGUUGUCUCAAGAUGCGAAUGCGAUGCGGUACCUUUACGCGAAUUGUGUGGCUUCCUUGGCGGAGGGAAAGAGGCUGAAUCAAGCGGAUCCACCCAAACGCAGGCACAUGAUCGACUGCUGGCUCCACUUGAACCCCAUCGACGUCGACCCGUUUAUUGCGGGUGUGGUCGCUCGCCGCCUGCAUGGAGAUCGCGAGGUGUCGUUGCCGGCUUUUCUAAGCAGCGACGCUGACCCUGACUCCCUGGCCCUCGGCGGUGCUUCAAACAAUGCUUUUUUCGCGUGCGCGUCUCGCCACGACAGUUACAGCAGUGCACUUCUCGCAGAAGAACAACGACAGGCUGCGCCACCAGAAGUUGAAAUUUUGACCCUUAAGUUAGCAGACCUGCUGGCGCAGCAGUUUCGGCAGCGGAAUUAUCUGCGUGGUACGACUAAUAAAGAAUGGCGUCGCAAAGUACACUGGGGAACACAUUCGAUUGGCCAGAAGAGCGCACUGAACUGUGUACCGGCGAAAAAUUUUAACGAUGUGUGCGACAUCGACACGUGGGAGGCCCGGCAAAAACGCAAUCACAUUGGCCACCGCAUCGGCGACAUUACCUUUCCUUUGGAACUUUUUGUAUGCACUCAUAUUCUUGCAAAAGCGUCUUUACUUCCACGUACAAAUUGAAUUUUUCGUUCACUAAUCUUACCGUUCCCACAAGUGAAAAACUAAAAAGGUCAUGCGAGUGCAUCGAUUGGUACGUAGUAUAGUAGGUACACCAGCAGUUUUGCGAGAGGAUAUUUUCCCUGGGGCAACGACUGGGCCGACGAGCAGCAGGAUUUCGAACCGGGACGGCUGGCCGCGAUGCUCGGCCAUGACAACAUUGACGAAGCCGAGUUUUCCUGGAGCGACUUGGUGUCGCGAGGAGCCAUUCACCAUACGCACUUCGUGAAACUUCUCGCCGGGCCGUUUUCACUUUUCUCGCAAACGGUCGCUUCGGCAUUGAAUACGAGGUCAGAUUCGCUGGAUGUCGCCAACAUGACUCGCAUAACAGCUCGCAAUCGGGCACGGGCCCCCGCGCCCGGGGAGCAGUUUCGUCCGAAACGGGACAUCAGCCAUUGGUCGGAAGACCUUGAGGCCUCGCACCGGUAUGCCCGGCUGUAUCCGGAAACUAGCCUCCGACAGGCCGGACGACGACGCAAAUGCGGCGCAACACCAACCGCUGAACAAUCCAAGAAAGAGCAGCAGUUUGCACGUCGCGAAAUGGACGCUGCCCGUAGAUUUGCUCGCAGUGCGCUGGCGGCCCAUGAGAAUAACCUGGACAUCCGCCACGACGACAUGAUACAGAUGCCAAUCAGCGAUGAAGAAAUCGAUUACUGGCGUAAUCGGCCGGACUCCUACGCAAAACGACUGGACUACUUCCGGGCGCAUGGCUACAAGAGGGACUCGGUGCUGCAUUCCGUCCGCUACGGCAGCCAGCCACUCCACACGGAUGAGCUGAACGGUGAGCUAAACAACGAAUUUCCCUUUACAGACGUCGAACGCUGCAUGGACGCGCAGGGAUACGUGACCUUUGUCUAUGGAGUCCGAGACAUUGCGCAUCCCAACUUUUUCUGCCCGUUGAGUGUGAAACUUCGUUCCUUGUUUCUCCACGGCGACGACAACUCGAUCUCGCAGUGCAUGAAGGGCGUCAAUUCGGGAUACGUAAAUCACUACGAGAAGCGGUGCACCGUUCGCGGUCACGACGCAUGGCGUGGGCCCUGUUUUGUCGACGAUUAUCCGUACUCUUCUAGCGUCACGGAGGAAAUGCAAUACCAGCUAACACUGCUGACCACAGCGAGUUUGCCGCUGCGUCGGCGGUUUCGUCGUCCGUGUAACGAUCUGGGCGGCAAAGCGAUCAAUAUUUUGGACGAAUUCGAAAAGUUCUGCAAAGACCGGGACGAGGAAGAGAAAGUCGUGGAAGAAGUCGCAUUCUUCAAAAACAAAAAAACAACGAAAGAGGACCAAGCUGUCAACACAAAACAGUGCAAGGCAAACCCAAACAAGUUGCUCCUCGAGAAACUCACAUUGAAAGGCGAAACCCUCACCGACGAGGACGCUGCAGUGCGGAGACGAGAGGUCGCGCGGCGCCGACGCGCGCGUCUCUCCACAGAGCACUUGACCAAGAAGCACGACGACCUGGUGCAAGAGAGCACGUUCUUUGGGGACCUGCACCAGCACAUGAACUUCAAGUUGCAGGAGUUGUUCCGAAACAUGAAAGCGCCACCCAAUGCGUUCAUUCCCGAGAUCAAGAAGCACACGUCGCUGGACGCCUACUCUUCGCCGCACACGCUUUUCGCAAACACCGUCGCGGUCACGCCGAACUGUCCGCGAGGAAUGAAUUCUCCCGCCGCAGUUGUACCACCAGGGACGGCCGCACUGAAAAAGCGCAAAUCAGCCUGGACACCGACGUCCGCACCGAGUAGGGCAGGGUCCCCCGCCUCCUCCAACCCGGCUCUGUUUCUCCCCCCGGGAACGCUGGUUUUUGUAGACAACUUGUCCGCGCGGCCGGAACUCAACGGGCAGAUCGGUAUUGUAGGCAAUCUACACUACCAGGGCAACCCCGUGGAGAGCACGAAGCGGAUGGUGGAGGCCGGGCACAUGGACAUGGCGAAAGUGUUCAAAGAGGCGACUGCGGGGGGCCACCUGAUGAGUAUCUACUGCAGUAGCGCACCCAUAAGCGAUUUCCGCGAGCACAAGGACCUGCGCUACGCGGUGCGGAUUUUUCGCGACUGCAACUUGGGGAAAGAGGAGCCCGGUUCAAGGGUGUCCGCUGAAGUAGAGGAGAAGGAUAAAAAAGCCGUAGAAUCUUCAAUAUCUUCAUCAAGCGACAAGCACAAAAUGGAUCCUACCGCUGAGGAUAUCACGAAAAGCGGUCUCACUGUUUCGGACGUUCUGCUCCGGCCGCAAAAUCUCUUCCGCGCGGUACCGACACUAGCGGAAAAAGCAAUGCGACUGCUACGGCCGAAAAGUGGGAUUUUUCCCCUGACUGACAGCGAAAAACGACGCCGAGCUGGAGGGAGAGAAAAUCUUAAAGCUGUUGCGUCGUCUGGUGCAUCAUCUUCAACUUCUUCCGUGGCCAAAGGUAAAGAAAAUCAAAAUGCGUCGAAGGCUCCACUAAUAGACACGUUUUGGUCGCGCAUCAAAGCUCCGAAGUUUUCGCACGUGAUUGAGCCGGGAACGGAUUUCUACCCUGCGCAAAUCGACAACGCAGCAAGCUUUGUGUUCGACAAGUCGUUCGAAGCUUACCGGCUUUACGGCCGGCUGAAAGUGGCGAUUGCUUCGACGUGCAGUAGAGAUGAUCUGCAGUGGGAGCCGACUGGGUUCAUCUCGGGGACAAUAGAAGGGGAACCGCCCAUGACGUGCAAAAACCCCGAAACCACAUACCUUGAUUUGGACAAACCUCAUGGAAAUGCAAAUGGAAAUCCGAGGAGCGCGUCGUCGAAAAAUAAAUCAGAAACGUGCAGUCCCUCCACCAUCGGAGAACCUGCAAAAACCUCCUUUCGGGGCAGCCUCGCGCUGCAUCCUUGGCAGGCUGCGGACAACAGUAUCUGGAAAACGGCGAGCGGAGGCACACCCACUCUCGACUUCGCCGCGGACGUGCGGGAAGGUUUCGAACAGAAAUGGGCCCUCCGGGAUCCGGACUACGAAGCCGCGGAGUGGGAAAAAGCCGGGACAAUUUCGAAGGAAGACGCGAAAGAGAGUUUUCGCGAGUAUUGUAAGUUUGCGAAGGAUUUUGCUAGGCUGCCGGACACGCAGAUCGAUGAGAAGAUUUUGGGACACGUGGACGGCGAAAUUCUACGGAUUCCACAACUGUACAAAUGACGCUCCUACGUCGCUUUUUUCUAUUGUUUUUGGAUAAAUCUUCGAUACGUAGCAUUUUUGCAUCGUGAUUUAGAUGAUUUUUGCAGGAUUGUGGUUAUAUUUCCUUUUCUCGACCGUCGUCAUGCCUUAAAAAAUCACAGCUUCGACGUCGCCCGGGACAAGAUUUUCUUUGAUCGCGCGGACGGUGUGACGCCCUCCGCGGACGGUCCCGGAGGGAACGGGGGUCACCAGGAGAAUCCUGAUGCUGGAGCGGAACUGGAAGAGGAGGAAGAAGAUGAGGAGGGAAAUUCGUCUGCUGAUGAAGAAGUGGAAGAUGUUGAGGUAGAUUAGAAAGCAGCUACUGCGCACACAAAAGUGACCUUGUUGGGAUUGACAUGAAGCCGGCUGGUUGGGAAAUAGUGGUCCUAGUGGUCAAACAAAAGUUGAUGUCGUGCCUGCGGUCUUCAAAAGUAUCUCGGUACUUUCACAAGCGUAUUUACGCUUUUCAUGCUACUUAUAAAAUAACGCAUA